GGAAUUGGGAGGAUUCAUCACACCUCAAAAAAAAGAAGAAGAAAUCUAUCUCUCGAGCUCCCUCUGUAGUAAUUAAUAUAAUGGGUCUCCCCAAGUACGGUGCAUUCAGAAACAAAAUAGCUGGAAAGUUCCUUCAAUACAUUCAUGAAGGUUCACUUAAGGGUUACCUACAAUACUCUUCUGAUAAUGCUAUGAGCAUGUUCUCAAAAUUCACAUUGGAGCAAUCCAAGACAACUAAUUAUUUUCACAUAAGAUGCUGCUACAACAACAAGUAUUGGGCCUCCGCCAAAGACGGCGAUCACAUGGUCAGUCCGUUCGUUAGCAAGCCCUCCGAAAACGAGUUCUCAUGGCCAUGCACAUUGUUUAGGUUUGUCCAAGCUCCUACUGAAGGAACUUACUAUUUAUUCGAUGUGUGGCGUCAAUCGUAUGUGUGUCGAUGUACCACUAGCAAAAGUCACGAGGAUUGCCUCACAACUAGAUACGGCAACCAAGACCAUUACUAUGACAGAACCCACAUAUUAAUCGACUUCGAAACCUUGAUCGUGUUACCCAAACACAUAGUGAUUAAAGGAGACCUUAAACAGUAUUUAUGUACCUAUUGGUAUGAGGAAAAUGAACAUCUGAAAUUCAAUUCCGAUGACAUUGGAUCGUCCAGGGCAGGCCACCAAGUGUUCAGCAUGGGUGAUGGAAGCAUUCGAAUCAAAUGUGACCAUUGGAAUAAGUUUUGGGUUCGUCAAUCAAACAACUGGAUCUUAGCAAAGUCAACUGACACGACCGCAAACAACAAAGACACCGUGUUCUGGCCUAUCAAGAUUUCUCAAAACACUGUCGCGCUCCGCUGCCUUGGUAAUAACAAGAUAUGCAAGAGAUUAACUGCUGAGAAUAAGGAGCAUUGUCUCAGUGCAAAUGCAGAUACCAUUACUAGGGAGGCACGUUUGGAGAUCACUGAGCCUGUUAUUUCAAGGGAAAUGUACAACUGUAAUUAUCGUACAAUGGAUAGCAGGGUCUACGAUGAACAGGUACUAAUAAUGGCAACCGAACAUGCUACCAACGGCGGCACGAAAGAAGCAUCUAUGGCAUUAAGUUUGAAGUAUGUAGUUGAAGCUUCUAAAUGUUGGGAAUCUUCAGUCAGUACAGCUUGGGGUGUGGUGGCAUCUGUUAAAGCCGGGGUUCCUGAAAUUUUUGAAGUUGGGGUUGAGGUCAACCAUAAUGAAGAGAAGAGUCGCAGUUGGGGAGAAACCAUUACAGACAUGAGAGAAGUGAUGGCAACAUAUACUGUUAAUGUACCACCAAUGACAAAGAUGAAAGUGACUCUUAUUGCAACUAAGGCCAAAUGCGAUGUUCCAUUUUCGUACACACAACGAGACGUUCUCAGGGACGGAACACAUGUUAUUAAAGACUGUGAUGAUGGUCUUUACACUGGAGUCCAUACCUACAACUUUGAUUACAAAAACAAGCCAUUUCCAUUCUCAUGAGCACCAUAUGUUCAUCUUAAUUAAUCAUCAAACCAUCCUACCUAUAACCAUAUCUUCUCUACGACUGAUCUACUCUCUAUCAUGGAAAUAUAUCUAUAAAUUUCCAUUUAUGUCUUAGCUUUGUGUUUACUCUGCUUUGUCUCUUGUUCUUUUGAAUAAAGCUGCAACUAAAUAAAUGUACUCUACAUUAUUGCUACAGGGUAUUGUAAAAUAUACAGCUUUGAUUUUUAUAUA